AUGCCGCCGAAGGCUCCAGCAAAGAGCAAUGACCGGGCGGGCGGCGUCUUGGCCGUCAACGCAGCAACACGAGCCGCUGCGAACAAGGGCCCGGCGCCCAAACUGAAGCUGAACCUACGACGAUUGCCGCCAGGACUUACUCUCGACGAGUUCGAAGAGACGCUGGGGGAUAACUGGAAGCUGGGCAAUGGCAAGGUUGCCUGGAGGGAGUUCUGCCCUGGCAAGGUCAAACCAGGCAAACACCCACAACAAGCCAGAUGCUACCUCCUCCUCGCCAACGAGCCUCUGAUCUGGGAAUUGGACAAGCAUUUCAGGACCCUCACCUUUCAUGAUAGAGCCGGAACAUAUCGGCUACCGGAACUCAAGAGUUUGCCACCUACGAUCGAAUUUGCCGACAACCAACGAACGCCGGUGAGCGUCAAGCAGAGGGCGGAUCAGAGACAGGGCACGAUUGAUCAAGAUCCGGAGUUCAUGGCAUUUCUGGAGGGACAGACACGGGCGACGGAGAAGCUUGCGCCGCUCGAUGCUUUGGGCGCCGAGAAGAAGGAAACGGAGAAGCCGGAGGUUAAGAGCACGCCAUUGAUAGAGGCUUUGCGCGAGAAGAAAGCCAACAAGGCCAAAGCUGCUGAAGCUAAGAGCGAGAAGAAGGACGGCAAAGUCCAUGCAAGAGCGGAUAGCAAAGAUGCUGCCGUCAAUAAGAAGGACGCAAAAGAGGAUAAGACUUCACAGCAACAGAACGUGCAGCAGGCUUCGAAGGAAGCUGUCAAGGUGCUCAAUAAGCAAGUUGCCAACAAGCAGCAACAGAGCCAGCAGCGGCCCGACUCACCUCAGCAGCCCCAGGCUAAGAAUACGUCUCCCGCGAAGUCGAAAAAGGCCGCCCAGAGUUCCAAGCCUCAGAACACGCCGCCCACUGGGCCAGCGAAUAACAAAGCAUCAGCUGCCACUACAACGCCACAGGCUCCGGCGUCUCAGCGGGAACCACGUACCAGGCCACAGCGUGGCAAUGCCGAGGGCAUCAAGAAGAUGCUGCAGAAGGAUCUUGGGAUUAAGCCAAAGCAAGGGCCGGCCGCGCAGAAUGCUUCGUCUAAGUCAUCGCAAACUGCAGCUACGACUCCGACAACACCUUCCACUCCGAUCGGCACGAAUAUUGGCAACAAAACCGCCACAAAACAACAAGCGCCUUCAGCCCCAGCAUCGCCCGCGCCUGCUGCAACUAAGGGACAGCAUCCACCGUCGGCGCCGAAGCAACAGCCCCAAACUCAGGCGGGUAUCUCUGCAACGAAGGCUUACCUCAAGCAUGCCAACCCAAGCCAGGGUAUGACUGAGAUCUUGAUACAGCAAGCGCUCUCGCAGUAUGGCGAACUCACCAAUGUGACUAUCGAUCCUAGAAAGGGUACUGCGAUUGCACUGUUCAAAGAUAGCGAGGGACUGAAGAAUGCGAUGGAAGCAAAGCAUGUUCCUGUCGCUAAUGGUAAGGUGGAGGUGCUCGAGUUUAAGGAUCGAGCUUCGGGUGGCGGUCGUGGCGGAUUUAGGGGUGGACGCGGUGGUGGUAGAGGCGGUCGCGGUGGCCAACAAGCGUCGAAUGCUGCUGCGUCUGCACCAGCUGCGCCCAAAACUGAGGCUGGCUCGUAA